GUCCACUGUUCAGUCAGUGGCUCAGUGGGCAGUGCAGUGAUCAAUGAGUAGAGAAUUCCUAUAUUUUAGAUUCGUUCUUUUCAGUAACAUAACACGAAAAGCACUUUAUAUAUAAAUGAAGUGAUGAAUGCCUAUUAGUGGAUGGUGAUCAGUAUUUACUGCUGCAAGUUACGUACAUAACGAAAAAUACUGUAUACAAAAUGAACAAGUUUAUGCUCCUGUUAUUAUUGGUGACGGCCGGCUUCUGUUAUAACAAGAAUGAAACUGUAUCAUCGGAUGACUUCAAAUGCUCCCUUCCAGAUGUCACGACCGUUGACGACAACCUCGAUAUUAGCAGGUUUAGGGCUGACUUCGCGAAGAUAUCAGAGGUGAAGUUUCCUGGAAUCAUCGGACCGACAAAUGAGCAUCUUAUUUGUAAAAUAAAAUGCAUCGAUGGAAAUUGGGUGGGCCCCCUUUGUUCCCAAACACCAAUCAAAUCAAUUACAGAUGGUAGAUUCCAGCCGGUCUUCCGUGAAUGUCUAUACCGCAAUCAAAACCCCUUAUUAGCUGUUGCCUUUAAAAAUGACUCUAUAUUGAUCGAUACUUACUUUCCACAUGGAUCUGUAAUAGUUGCCAGAUGCAAGCACUUUGGCUUGUACAAGCUUACAGGGGAAAACAUGCUACGGUGUGAGAACGGCGAAUGGUCGUCUAAGAUGCCGCAGUGCGUUCCAACUUCUGUGAUCACGAACUAUACAGGUGGUGCUCCGCCCACUAUCCAGUACAUCGCCGUGACUGGCUCCGCUAUAGUGGAGCUGAGCGGCGAGCUUUACGUGUACCCUGGAAGCACGGUGUGGCUAGACUGCCUCUGGCCACAAUCCAUGGGAAAACCGGACUGGAGCUGGACCCAGUUGUAUAGACAUCAUGCUGAGUGGGCCAGCCACACAGGCGAGACGGACCUGCACUACCGCCUCGUGCUGAACCGCGUCUCCGCCCGGCACAGCGACAGCUACACGUGCACCUCCCCCGCCGGGAACACCAACACGGUCGCCAUUAAAGUUGUUAACAUAGUUUGUCCGCCGAUUAACGUUUCGUCACCCCAUGUUCAUCAGUUCGCACAAGGCACGCGGCUGGGAAAUGCUGUUCACUUCAGCUGCCAGCCGGGCUACCACCUCAACGGUUCUGCUAUUGUCAACUGCAUGGGUGACGGGCGUUGGUCAUCACAACCGCCUACGUGUGUAGAAACAUUUUGUCCAGUGCUCCGAACGCUCGGAAACCACCUUAGCGUCGUGGAGUAUAACUCAUCUUAUGGCGGACGCGCCGUAUUCGCUUGUUCGUGGGGGUAUCGACUCAUUGGAGCCCCAGGGCUAGAAUGUGAACUGGAUGGAAAGUGGUCUGGCGAGAUGCCGCACUGUAUCGCUAUCUAUUGUCCCGACCCCCUCGUGCCGGAGAAGGGUCGCUUGUUAACAACGGCGACGUCCAAGGACGGAAAGUAUCCUGUCGGCGAUCUAAUCAUAUACUCGUGUGAAGAAGGUUACGAGAUCGUCGGUGAAGCUUCAAUAGUGUGCACUGAGAACGGGUUCUGGUCGCACCCCCCACCCUUCUGCUUACCUCCGUCAGAAAUAAAAAAAUCUGAUACUAUUUAUAUAGAUAAUACGACUCUUGUCAAUUUUGAAGAAUAAUAGCCUACAAAAUAUUUACAUUAAAGAUAUUUAGUAGAACAUUUUAGAUCUUAAGAAAAGUAUAUCGAUCUUAUUGACAAAAGUGAUCGCUCGUAAGUGUUCCCUUUUAGAGCUCCUUUAAAAUAUAUCUCACUAAACUGUAUACUGAAGUUUAUUCUACAGAUGAUAUUCUUAUAUUGAUAAAAAUAUACUUUAGAAAAAUGGAUUACUAUUUUGUGAAUUUUUCUCAAACGAUACGCUUUAUGAAAAAUGUCCUAAAAUAUAAUAGAUUAUUAAUAUAUUUAAGUAGCCAUUUAAAUUAUAAAAAACAUAUGUAAUAAUGUAUCGAUAUAUCGUUCAUUUCAAUCAAAUUUGUACACAAACAGAUCCAAACCGAGACUAAAUUGCUUUUACAGCAAACCACGCAAGGUAAGCUAAAUAUUGUGACACUCUGUUUAACCUUUAUACAAAUUUGUAUGAAAUGAGCACUUAUAAAUAAAGUAAUCGAAGCAUGAA